UGGCUAGUGGCCUCCCCCUUCCGCGUCUUGCCUCUUUCGGGGGCAAGGCAUCCUUCCACGAAAACCCUCGGGGGUUCCUUCCGCUGGUCUUCGAUCGAAUUGGAUCGAGAAGAGGACGAAUCGAAUCUGAUCGAGAUGGAAAUGGAGAUCCCGUCGAGCUAUCGGUACAUGGAACGGAGCUACAGCGACGGAGGCGACUCUUCCGGCGCCUUCAGCGACUGCAACAGCGACCGCUCCGGCGAGUUCCCCUCCUACGGAUCACCCAGCUCGUCGUCUUAUUCCUCCGGGGGCGGUGGCCUCCAGCGACUUCUCGUCGCUUGUUCCGCUGAAUACUCCGACGAGGUGGUGCGGGGGCUCAUCUCCGACCUUGAGUCGCCCUCCGCCCCCGUCGAGUCCCAGCGCCGCGCCGCCAUGGAGCUUCGCCUCCUCGCGAAGCACAAUCCGGAGAACCGGCUGCGCAUGGCCGCCGCCGGCGCGGUCGGCCCCCUCGUCGCGCUGCUCUACCACUCGGACCCUCAGCUGCAGGAGCACGGCGUCACCGCCAUACUGAACAUCUCCCUCUGCGACGAGAACAAGACCCUGAUCGCCGCCGCCGGCGCCAUCCGCCCCCUCGUCCACGCCCUCCGCACCGGCACCCCCGCCGCCCGCGAGAACGCCGCCUGCGCCCUCCUUCGCCUCGCCCAGCUCGACGACCUCCGCGCCGCCAUCGGUCGCUCCGGCGCCAUCCCGCCACUGGUUACCCUCCUCGAGACCGGCGGCCCCCGCGGGAAAAAGGACGCCGCUACCGCCCUCUUCACCCUUCUCGCCUCCCGCGACAACAAGAUCCGGGCAGUCGAGGCCGGCAUCGUAAGGCCGCUGCUGGACCUGAUGGCGGAUCCCGAGUCGGGCAUGGUGGACAAGGCGGCCUACGUGCUGCACGCGGUGGUGGAGGUGCCGGAGGGCCGGGCCGCGGCGGUGGAGGAGUGCGGCAUCCCGGUGCUGGUGGAGAUGGUGGAGACGGGCACGGCGCGGCAGAAGGAGAUCGCCGUCCGAUCCCUCCUCGAGAUCUGCCGGGAGAGCGCCGCCUACCGCAAGAUGGUUGUCCAGGAAGGCGCCAUCCCCCCUCUCGUCGCCCUCUCCCAGUCCGCCACCAAGAAGGCCAAGGAGAAGGCGGAGGCGUUGAUCGAAUUGUUGCGCCAACGACGGACGGCCGGCAACUCACACCACUAGUCGGUACGUGGCGAGAUCACGAGGCCUGUCGUGGACCCCAUGUAAGUGUGUGGCUGCAAGUGAGUGUACAUUUCUUAAA